AUGUCGGAAAUACCGGUAUUCCGCCAGCGACCCUUGAAAUCCGCUCGCUUGUGCUGGAUGAUAUGGCAUCACAAGGUCUUGGACAAACCAAACCCUCAGCUAAGAGAUGGAUCCAGGAAGAAAACCAAGAGCAAUGAUGUUGCGCCGGAUGCUUUUGGAGGUGAACUGAGAGCCGCGUUUCCAGCCAUCAGUACGAUUUUCAGCAAACUAAAAGACAGCGUCAAGAUGAUGUCGCCGCACAAAAGGGUUUUGACCAAGAUGGAAGUUCUACAAGUGGAGAUUGAGCUGGCAGACACAGCGAGCUUACCCAAUGCCUCGCAAGGCCACCGCUGGACUUCGAGCAGCGACAUGACAACGGUGGAGUAA